AUGGGCUGCAAAAUCAAGGCGCUGCGAGCCAAAACUAACACCUAUAUCAAAACCCCUAUUCGGGGAGAAGAUCCAGUCUUUGUCGUCACAGGAAAAGCUGAGGAUGUACUUGAAGCAAAAAGGGAAAUUGAGUGUGCAGCUGAGCAUUUUACGCAAAUUCGAGCUAGCCGCCGUCAUUCACACGGUGGAGCACCCGCACCUGGCCAUGUUACUCUAUAUGUUCGUGUUCCCCUCCGGGUUGUAGGACUUGUCGUAGGACCAAAAGGAGCAACAAUCAAAAGAAUUCAGCAGGAUACUCACACCUACAUAAUAACACCAAGCCGUGAACGAGAACCAAUAUUUGAGGUGACUGGAUUACCACAGAAUGUCGAAGCAGCUCGCAAAGAAAUUGAACAGCACAUCUACCAACGCACCGGUAAUAUGCCUAUGACUGACCCAGAUGCUUCUAUUUCUCAAUACUCCAGCUUGCAGAAUAAUCUAUCACUGGCCGCUUCGGCAUCGGCUGCGGCUCGCUCGGCGUAUGGCAGCUUGGCUCAGCCGCCGGUUCGUCGCACUAUUGGCAAUGAAAACUUACCAGACUAUAGAGCUAUGGAUAGAAAUGGAUACAAUGGACUUUCUGGUUUGCUGCGUGGUUAUCCACAAACGACGAAAACAGCUUCGUAUUCUGCCGGAGGCUCUCCGCCUGCUGUUUCGCCGUCAUUCUUUGGAUCCUCCUCAUCAAGCACAACGUCAAAUGCUUUCCAGCCUUGGUCGAAUAAUUUGUACACUGGACUCGGACUAAGCGAAGCUUCAGAUUUGUUCUCUACUCGUUCUUCCGUCUUAUCUGGAGCAUCAUUGUGGUCCUCUGGUUUCGGUUCAAUGUCCUGUGGCCAACAGAUUCCGUCGAACCAGCGUGAUGAAGGGCUCGGAGAUUCACCACCGAACAAGUGAGU